GUAGCCUCUUUGAAUAAAUUAUGAAGGCGAAUGUUUUGAUGGAGUCGAGGGACUAACUGGACACAUUUGUUGACCUAACAACACAGGAAAGUCGCUGUUUUGUGGCGUGAAAAUACACCCACUGCACCAACAACCAGCGUGCAGUGACAACUGUACACUUAUUUAUUCAGCGUACGAAAAAAAUAGGUCGGUUUGCCAAUGUCGUUCACUGCCGCGGCCUAGCUAACAUUUCAGCUAGCACUGUUUUAAGUUGGGACAGUCCAUAGAUGUAAGGAGUUCUUACUCAUCAUUCACCUGGAUUCAUAUUGUUAUCAGCGGCUGUGUUAAUGAAACGUUAUCGUACCUGUUAUUGACGUCAGUGUGUGACCUGCUCCUGUAGAACUCAUCGAGUUAAAGUGGUUGUCCAUGUUCACAAACUACUGCAGAAAAGCAAUCCUUAAUCACACCAGCAGUCAUGUCUUUAGUCGCGUAUGGCAGUAGUGACGAUAGCGACACCGAGGGAACAUCCCGCUCUGCUGCAUCGGAGAGCAAAUUCAGCUCUGGAGGACUUUUCUCACGCCUACCUGCUCCCAAAAAGACAGGAGCUGGGGGCAGAAAACACGAUGGACCAGGCAAGGAGACUAAAAUAAGCAAUUCAACAGCGGUGGACAGCGCGUCCAACGACGAUCUCGAUCUUCAAACAUCUAGAGGAGGGUUUUUGUCAGGUCUGCCCAAGCCGAAAAAGCGAACAGAUCCUGUCAGGAUAACUGUACCACAGAUCCAGAGACAGGAUUCAGACUCCGAUGACGAUGAACCAGCAAAGAAGAAAUUACCACCCCAGGGUGCAGGUUCAGGUCUGUCUGCCCUUCUACCAAAACCCAGAAACCUGACAAUAAGGGAGACUGCCAGGGUCCUGAUUCCUCACACGCUCACCAAACGGCAAGAACCUAAAGGACCCAAGCCUGGAACACCUGCUCAGUCUGGGCUCGGUUCUAGUGCAUCUCCCUCUGCCAUCAAAGCUGCAGCAAAAUCAGCUGCUCUGCAGCUGGCUAAACAAAUAGCUGCUGAUGACCAAGAUAAUGAGGAGGACAUAACCCCACAGAACUACUUCUCCCUAGGUGAAAGCUCCCCGCCCCUUCCUGCAACACUCCCAAGCUUAGAUCCUGAGCCGAGAGCUCCUUCUGAGCCUCUUUCUAUCACAGCUGCUGAUGAGCCCGGUCUGUCUGACGCUCCCCUUGAUUUUGGGGGAGAGGGAGCUGGAGCAUGGGGCGGUCAAUUGUCUCAGUAUCAACAGCCCAUGACGGGCCCAGAGGCCUGCCCUCAGGAAUAUUAUGAGGAGUCAUAUUAUCAAGAUCCUAACCCAGAAUUGUCAGAGGAGGCUGAAGAACCUGGCCAAUCUGCCAUGUUUGAUGAUGAAGCGUUCAUGCGGCUGCAAGGGAAAAGGAACAGAGGCAAAGAGGAAGUCAAGUUUCUGGAGAUCAAGGGCGAUGACCAGCUGAGUGGUAACCAGCAGUGGAUGACAAAGAGCAUGACGGAGGAGAAGCAGACCCGCCAGUCCUUCAGCAAGAAAAGGGGAGAACAGCCUACAGGACAACAGCGGCGCAAGCACCAGAUAACAUAUCUCAUUCAUCAGGCCAAGGAACGUGAGCUGGAGCUGAAGAAUAAUUGGGCGGAAAACAAGAUAACUCGCCGGCAGACUCAGGCCAAAUAUGGUUUCUGAUUGUCACAGUGUGGACUUGUGUAGAAAAACCUGAUCAGAAAGUAGAGAUUUGCAGAUUUCCCAAACAAAGGGGAAGUACAAGUAUAUACAGUGUAAGACAAAUUUGUCCUCUUGCUCUCCAUCCUACAUUUGUGUUGAACAGUUAAUAUUUAAUAGCUGUUUUGAUCUGAACUGUUUGGUAAUGUGUUACUCCCACAUUUAAACUCCAAUUACAGCCAUGACAUUCUCCUUUUGACAGUAGGUAACUAUAAAUAAACAAUUUCAAUAUUUUCUAAAA